AGUAACACAAUUUAGAAGCUAGGGUUUGUGGGUUUCAGACUUCAUUUGGGUCUUAGGGAAAGCUAAGCAGAGGCAGCACCUUCACCUUCACCUUCACCUUCACCUUCGUCACCAUGGGUCGAAUGCACAGUCGCGGUAAAGGUAUCUCUGCCUCGGCUCUGCCUUACAAGAGAACUCCUCCCAGUUGGCUCAAGAUCUCUUCCCAGGAUGUCGAUGAGAACAUUUGCAAAUUCGCGAAGAAGGGUAUGACCCCGUCACAGAUCGGCGUCAUUCUUCGUGACUCUCACGGUAUUGCUCAGGUGAAGAGCGUUACAGGAAGCAAGAUCUUGCGAAUCCUCAAGGCUCAUGGGCUUGCUCCUGAGAUUCCUGAGGACUUGUACCAUCUGAUCAAGAAGGCGGUUGCGAUUCGGAAGCAUUUGGAGAGGAACAGGAAGGACAAGGAUUCCAAAUUUCGACUGAUUCUGGUGGAAAGCAGGAUACACAGGCUCGCACGAUACUACAAGAAAACCAAGAAGCUCCCUCCUGUUUGGAAAUAUGAGUCUACGACUGCCAGCACUCUUGUUGCUUAAGCUGAGUGUGUAGCUUUGCCCAGUUUACGGAUGGAUGCUAUUUGGGGAUUUUGUUACUUGCAUGUCAUGGAUGAAAGAAGAGAAAUCUGAUGUUUCGAACUAAAUGCUUUUUAAAUUAUGUUGUAGUACUCUCUCAUUAGUUUCCUUCUAAACAUCUACAUUCAGAAUAUUAUAUGCCAGGGUGGUUUAUGAAAUGCUUGGCGUUAAUCCAAUGUGCGUUUUUCGUUGUUGAA